AUGGGUUGGGGUGGAGACUUGACACUGGUGAAUGGUUCGCCGUUCAGUUGGACCUUGAAUGGCCAACAUUCGUAUCAAAUGGAUACAUGGAAAUGGCCAACAAUCAACGCUGGCCAGGCAUCAAGAAUAUACGUCGAGUUUGGGACGAGAGGAAACACCCGUGACGAUGCAGGCGAGGCGUACUACAACAUCGACGGAACAUCGGAUAGGUUCACGGUACUCGGACGGAAGCCUUCGGACUAUGCACUCACCAUAUCUCUGGAUGACAUGUCGACAAAGCAGAGUUUGAAAGGAUCAAAAGUCGACUUGGGAUUUCGUCACAAUGCUGCUGUAAACUGGAUCAUGUCCACUGAUGAAGCAGGAAACUGGUGGUCAAAUAGCGGUACCUACGCAGAUUGGAUGCAGCAAAGCAUCGGUUCGCUGGCAAACAGAACGCUAAAACACAUCUGCAUGCCAGGCUCUCAUGAUGCCGGGAUGGGAACAUUCAAACCUGGCACUAUCGGCGCGCACUUUGCCAACACUCAGACCCAGUAUCUGGAUUUCUAUCAACAACUCGAAGCCGGCUCACGGUAUUUCGACCUCCGCCCGGUGCUCUCGAGAGGCGACUGGGUAGCUGGUCACUACGGCCAAGUUGGUGACAUCUGGCUUGGCGGAAAUGGACAGUCCCUCACAGACAUCAUACAGCAGAUCAACGACUUCACUGCGAAAUAUCAGGAACUCGUCAUCAUAAAUCUCAGCCACACUCUCGACACGGACAACCAGUACAAAGACCUCACGCAAACGCAAUGGAACGACCUCUUUACCACACUAAAGCGCAUCAACAACCGCUACACGGUCAACAACCCCGACACCACCGAUCUCUCCACGCGCCGUCUGGGUGACUUCAUCACAGACCGUGCCUCCGUUCUCAUCAUCGCGCAGAUACCUAAUGAUGUGAAACUAGGCGACUUUGCAAACCAAGGAUUUUACACGGGCCGCAACUUUCCUUUCUACGACGAAUACAGCAAUAGCAACAAUCUUGCUACUAUGAAGAGCGAUCAGCUAGCCAAGCUGAAGCAAAAUCGGAACAUUGUCGCGGAGCAAAGCGAGAGGAAGGAUAUGUUUCAUAUCUUCUCAUGGACGUUGACACAGCAGCCUGAGGAUGUGUUGAUCUUUGACAAGGCCAUCAUGUUCGUUUCCCUCUAUCCUGUCUUCAUAAACACACGAGCUUUCCCCAGACACUAA